AUGUCUGGCUGGGGCUUGGGCUGGUUCGACGGCGGCGCCCAGAAGAAAGAGGCGCCGAAGAAGGCCAUCCUGCAGCUGCGCGGGCAGCUCGAGAUGCUCAACAAGCGGGAGAAGCACCUGCAGAACCAGAUGGACGAGCAGGAUACACUGGCGAGAAAACACGUGAACACGAAUAAGACCGCCGCAAAAGCAGCGCUCAGAAGGAAGAAGCAGUUCGAGCACUCGCUCGAGCAAACACAGUCGCAGAUCAUGACGCUCGAGCGCGAAGUCUACUCCAUCGAAACCGCAAAUAUUAACAAGGAGACGCUCGACGCAAUGAAGAAUGCUGGCACGGCGAUGAAGCACAUCCAUGCCGGUCUUACCAUCGACAAGGUCGACAACGUAAUGGAAGACCUCCGCGAACAACACGCCAUCGGCGACGAAAUCUCCGAAGCCAUAACCUCGGGCGUCGCCACCUCCGCCAUCGACGAAGACGACCUCGACGAGGAACUCGCCGAGCUCCAGCAAGAACAGCUCGACGAGCAAAUGCUGAACACCGGCCCCGUACCCGUCGGCGACAAAGUCGGCCGCCUCCCGCAGGCUCCCCAAGCGGAAAUCGCAAAGGGCAAGGCGCCCGCGAGGAUGGUCGAGGAGGACGACGAGGAAGAGGAGUUGAGGAAGCUGCAGGCGGAGAUGGCCAUGUGA